AUGAAAACAGUAACGAAACUCAUAUUUGCAACUAGUUUGCUGGUAGUUUGGAUUCAGGCUACUGAAAUUACUUUCAAGAAGAAUAGAAAAUAUGACAAUCCGCCUUUCUGUUUUGCAUAUGUGUUCCAUGAAAAUGAUUCCGAUAAAUCUGUUCAAUGCUAUGGAUAUCAAUACGACUGUUUCGAAUUUGAAAGUGAUGUUAGAAUUGGGAAGUGGAGACCUCCUUGGGAAGAAGACGAAGAAGAAGUUGCCGUGGAAGAUGUUAAAAGAGAAGAACCGGAAAAAAAAUCUGCAAUUUUGAAAAAGAAAAAUAAAUCAGAUGCAAUUUCAAAAAUUGAGGAACCAUCAUCAUUACCUUCACCUGCUCCAGUCAAGAAUCCAAUUAAGAAAUGGAAACCACCAUGGGAAGAUGACGACACGCCUGCUGAAGAGGUGCCACAGAAAGAACCUGAGAAGAAAACACCGACUCUGAAGAAGAAGGAGCCCGUCCCCAAGAAGCCGGCAGAUCCAACUCCGGCCAAGUCAACUCCAAAAAUUGAGGAACCAUCAUCAUUACCAUCACCUGCUCCAGUCAAGAAUCCAAUAAAGAAAUGGAAACCACCAUGGGAAGAUGACGACACGCCUGCUGAAGAGGCGCCACAGAAAGAACCUGAGAAGAAAACACCGACUCUGAAGAAGAAGGAGCCCGUCCCCAAGAAGCCGGCAGAUCCAACUCCGGCCAAGUCAACUCCAAAAAUUGAGGAACCAUCAUCAUUGCCAUCACCUGCUCCAGUCAAGAAUCCAAUUAAGAAAUGGAAACCACCAUGGGAAGAUGACGACACGCCUGCUGAAGAGGUGCCAAAUAAAGAACCUGAGAAGAAAACACCGACUCUGAAGAAGAAGGAGCCCGUCCCCAAGAAGCCGGCAGAUCCAACUCCGGCCAAGUCAACUCCAAAAAUUGAGGAACCAUCAUCAUUACCAUCACCUGCUCCAGUCAAGAAUCCAAUAAAGAAAUGGAAACCACCAUGGGAAGAUGACGACACGCCUGCUGAAGAGGUGCCAAAGAAAGAACCUGAGAAGAAAACACCGACUCUGAAGAAGAAGGAGCCCGUCCCCAAGAAGCCGGCAGAUCCAACUCCGGCCAAGUCAACUCCAAAAAUUGAGGAACCAUCAUCAUUACCAUCACCUGCUCCAGUCAAGAAUCCAAUAAAGAAAUGGAAACCACCAUGGGAAGAUGACGACACGCCUGCUGAAGAGGCGCCACAGAAAGAACCUGAGAAGAAAACACCGACUCUGAAGAAGAAGGAGCCCGUCCCCAAGAAGCCGGCAGAUCCAACUCCGGCCAAGUCAACACCAAAAAUUGAGGAACCAUCAUCAUUACCUUCACCUGCUCCAGUCAAGAAUCCAAUUAAGAAAUGGAAACCACCAUGGGAAGAUGACGACACGCCUGCUGAAGAGGUGCCAAAUAAAGAACCUGAGAAGAAAACACCGACUCUGAAGAAGAAGGAGCCCGUCCCCAAGAAGCCGGCAGAUCCAACUCUGGCCAAGUCAACUCCAAAAAUUGAAGAACCAUCAUCAUUGCCAUCGCCUGCUCCAGUCAAGAAUCCAAUUAAGAAAUGGAAACCACCAUGGGAAGAUGACGACACGCCUGCUGAAGAGGUGCCACAGAAAGAACCUGAGAAGAAAACACCGACUCUGAAGAAGAAGGAGCCCGUCCCCAAGAAGCCGGCAGAUCCAACUCCGGCCAAGUCAACUCCAAAAAUUGAAGAACCAUCAUCAUUGCCAUCACCUGCUCCAGUCAAGAAUCCAAUUAAGAAAUGGAAACCACCAUGGGAAGAUGACGACACGCCUGCUGAAGAGGUGCCACAGAAAGAACCUGAGAAGAAAACACCGACUCUGAAGAAGAAGGAGCCCGUCCCCAUGAAGCCGGCAGAUCCAACUCCGGCCAAGUCAACUCCAAAAAUUGAGGAACCAUCAUCAUUGCCAUCACCUGCUCCAGUCAAGAAUCCAAUUAAGAAAUGGAAACCACCAUGGGAAGAUGACGACACGCCUGCUGAAGAGGUGCCACAGAAAGAACCUGAGAAGAAAACACCGACUCUGAAGAAGAAGGAGCCCGUCCCCAAGAAGCCGGCAGAUCCAACUCCGGCCAAGUCAACUCCAAAAAUUGAGGAACCAUCAUCAUUGCCAUCACCUGCUCCAGUCAAGAAUCCAAUUAAGAAAUGGAAACCACCAUGGGAAGAUGACGACACGCCUGCUGAAGAGGUGCCACAGAAAGAUCCUGAGAAGAAAACACCGACUCUGAAGAAGAAGGAGCCCGUCCCCAAGAAGCCGGCAGAUCCAACUCCGGCCAAGUCAACUCCAAAAAUUGAAGAACCAUCAUCAUUGCCAUCGCCUGCUCCAGUCAAGAAUCCAAUUAACACGCCUGCUGAAGAGGUGCCACAGAAAGAACCUGAGAAGAAAACACCGACUCUGAAGAAGAAGGAGCCUAUUGCCAAGAAACCCGACACUGAAGAUCCAGCAGAACCCAUUAGUGCUCCAACACCGAAGGAUCCAAAGUUAGCAAAGAAGGCCCCUGCAGCCAAACCCAAGCCAGCAGAAAAGAAGCCAACACCAGCAGAUAAGAAAGACCCUGAACCAAUAAAGCCAGCUGCUGCUGCUCCAAAGCCAAAAAGAUUCGUUCCACCCUGGGAGGAUGAUCCAGAUGAACCAGAAGCUGACUUCACUGUUCCAGCUCCUACGAAACCGGACACCGAAGAUCCAGCAGAACCCGUUAGUGCUCCAACACCCAAGGAUCCAAUGUUAGCAAAGAAGGCCCCUGCAGCCAAACCCAAGCCAGCAGAAAAGAAGCCAACACCAGCAGAUAAGAAAGACCCUGAACCAACGAAGCCAGCUGCUGCUGCUCCAAAGCCAAAAAAAUUCGUUCCACCCUGGGAGGACGAUCCAGAUGAACCAGAAGCUGACUUCACUGUUCCAGCUCCUACGAAACCGGACACCGAAGAUCCAGCAGAACCCGUUAGUGCUCCAACACCCAAGGAUCCAAAGUUAGCAAAGAAGGCCCCUGCAGCCAAACCCAAGCCAGCAGAAAAGAAGCCAACACCAGCAGAUAAGAAAGACCCUGAACCAACGAAGCCAGCUGCUGCUGCUCCAAAGCCAAAAAAAUUCGUUCCACCCUGGGAGGACGAUCCAGAUGAACCAGAAGCUGACUUCACUGUUCCAGCUCCUACGAAACCGGACACCGAAGAUCCAGCAGAACCCGUUAGUGCUCCAACACCCAAGGAUCCAAAGUUAGCAAAGAAGGCCCCUGCAGCCAAACCCAAGCCAGCAGAAAAGAAGCCAACACCAGCAGAUAAGAAAGACCCUGAACCAACGAAGCCAGCUGCUGCUGCUCCAAAGCCAAAAAAAUUCGUUCCACCCUGGGAGGACGAUCCAGAUGAACCAGAAGCUGACUUCACUGUUCCAGCUCCUAAGAAACCGGACACCGAAGAUCCAGCAGAACCCGUUAGUGCUCCAACACCCAAGGAUCCAAAGUUAGCAAAGAAGGCCCCUGCAGCCAAACCCAAGCCAGCAGAAAAGAAGCCAACACCAGCAGAUAAGAAAGACCCUGAACCAACGAAGCCAGCUGCUGCUGCUCCAAAGCCAAAAAAAUUCGUUCCACCCUGGGAGGACGAUCCAGAUGAACCAGAAGCUGACUUCACUGUUCCAGCUCCUACGAAACCGGACACCGAAGAUCCAGCAGAACCCGUUAGUGCUCCAACACCCAAGGAUCCAAAGUUAGCAAAGAAGGCCCCUGCAGCCAAACCCAAGCCAGCAGAAAAGAAGCCAACACCAGCAGAUAAGAAAGACCCUGAACCAACGAAGCCAGCUGCUGCUGCUCCAAAGCCAAAAAAAUUCGUUCCACCCUGGGAGGACGAUCCAGAUGAACCAGAAGCUGACUUCACUGUUCCAGCUCCUACGAAACCGGACACCGAAGAUCCAGCAGAACCCAUUAGUGCUCCAACACCCAAGGAUCCAAAGUUAGCAAAGAAGGCCCCUGCAGCCAAACCCAAGCCAGCAGAAAAGAAGCCAACACCAGCAGAUAAGAAAGACCCUGAACCAACGAAGCCAGCUGCUGCUGCUCCAAAGCCAAAAAAAUUCGUUCCACCCUGGGAGGACGAUCCAGAUGAACCAGAAGCUGACUUCACUGUUCCAGCUCCUUCGAAACCGGACACCGAAGAUCCAGCAGAACCCGUUAGUGCUCCAACACCCAAGGAUCCAAAGUUAGCAAAGAAGGCCCCUGCAGCCAAACCCAAGCCAGCAGAAAAGAAGCCAACACCAGCAGAUAAGAAAGACCCUGAACCAACAAAGCCAGCUGCUGCUGCUUCAAAGCCAAAAAGAUUCGUUCCACCCUGGGAGGACGAUCCAGAUGAACCAGAAGCUGACUUCACUGUUCCAGCUCCUACGAAACCGGACACCGAAGAUCCAGCAGAACCCGUUAGUGCUCCAACACCCAAGGAUCCAAAGUUAGCAAAGAAGGCCCCUGCAGCCAAACCGAAGCCAGCAGAAAAGAAGCCAACACCAGCAGAUAAGAAAGACCCUGAACCAACAAAGCCAGCUGCUGCUGCUCCAAAGCCAAAAAGAUUCGUUCCACCCUGGGAGGACGAUCCAGAUGAACCAGAAGCUGACUUCACUGUUCCAGCUCCUACGAAACCGGACACCGAAGAUCCAGCAGAACCCAUUAGUGCUCCAACACCCAAGGAUCCAAAGUUAGCAAAGAAGGCCCCUGCAGCCAAACCCAAGCCAGCAGAAAAGAAGCCAACACCAGCAGAUAAGAAAGACCCUGAACCAACAAAGCCAGCUGCUGCUGCUCCAAAGCCAAAAAAAUUCGUUCCACCCUGGGAGGACGAUCCAGAUGAACCUGAUGAUGAUCCGCAAGAAGUUGAAGAUGAUCCUGAGGAGCCUGAUGCCGAUUUUACUGUACCUGUGCCAAUAAAUGGAGACGAUGAUCGUGAUAAUCCGGAUGAAGAAAAACCCAAGAAAAAACCAAAGAAAAAUAAGAGAAAACCAAAAAAACGUCCGUUACCAAAUACGAACGAAUCGGACCCAGUUCCCGCGAAGGAACCAGAAACACCACAGAAACCAAAAUGGAUUCCCCCAAUCCGGCAACCCGAAGAAGCGAUUCCGAUGCCUCCAAAAGAAAAAACAAUAGCUGAAAGAAACAAAGAAGAACGAAUUCCACCAACCGUCCGAUAUGCUAAGAAGCCCAAGCAAUUAGAUGUCUUGAUUCCAUUUGUGAUUCCUUGGGAACAAACUCCAGCAUUAAUAACUCAAGAGGGAAUGGGCGCAUUUGGAAAAAGUCGAGAGCCUAAUAUUGACGUCAAUUUCGGUUCGAAACCCCUUGUACAAGGAAACAUCGACUCAAAAACGAUUAUUCCAAUACUGAAUGACGAAAGAAAUUGCGCGAAUAGUUCGGGAAUGUCGCCAUUUGGAGGGAAACGUCUUACUGUAGAAGGAAUUGUUGAUAAUCAUAAAUAUAAUAAUGAGGAUAAUGGUAAAAGCGAAGGCAUUUUACCAUUAUAUAGUCGAGGCGCAAUUGCUUAUAAUAAUUCUGACUUUGGAAAUCUGAGAAAACAAACAGUUGACGUCAAAUACAAAGAGGAUAUGACUCCUGGGAUGGAGCGCGAUUCGCAUGGAUUCAUAUCACGCCAAUUUAUUUCAAACAGCUCAUUGAAGGCUGGAAGUCACAUACUCGACAAGAGAAGAGAUAUAGUUUCAAACUCAAUUCCUAUGUCGAAAAACAGCGAGAAUAUGAUUCCAUUAAUGUUCGACGGUCGAUCGGUUGAGACUCGCGAAGGCUCUGAAUUUGGCUCGUUCCGCCCAUUAAUAAUUAACUCGACGGGCGGUUACGUGAUGUCAUAUCAGGACGAGCUGAAAUGCCGCAAUAUAAUACCGUUCCAGACGGCGCCGUCGCUGGCAACGUAG